AUUGUAUAUAUAUAUUUUUUUUGUGUGUUAUUUUUUUGUCUGGCUGCAAAAUAAGACGACACUACCGUUUCCCCACAUUAACUCUCAACAUAUUCCCGGUGUGACAGUGACUGUGUGCAUUUUGCUGCUGUAGUUACUGAUUAAGGCACAUCCAAACAAAUCUUGUCUGUUUACUGACAUCCAGCUGCUUUGUCCAUGAAGUCAUCACCUGGACGGGAUUUUAUUUUAUUUGGCAGCACAUACACUGAAGUGGAAAAACACAUUACAAAAAAAAUAUUUCCUCACAUCUCUGUUUUUGUGAACCAGUGCAUCACUGUAUACACUGAACAGACACUUGAGUAGGUACACUCGCACAUCCUACAGCCUCCAAUCUGUCUUUACAUAGAUAAUAGAGCUCAAUUUUGGUUGACCUUUAUGCUUGUCGUCAUCUCAGCCAGACCUGUGAACUUCUACCCCCGACUUUGCACGGAACAGUGAUCGGGGCGGGAAUAAAAAAAGAAAAAAGAUUAUGCCGAGGAGCACCACAGGGCGCCUGUGGGGGUCCCCAGUCAUCAUCCCAAGUGGAGAGGACUUCGUGAUAAGCACGCAUCCCGAAUUCGGCAGGGCCUCCUCAUCCUCUGAUGUUUCCUUCAACACCUCCUGACUGGAUGCGGGAGACCAGCGGUCACCAUGGCAACGGCGGCAUCCAUCCCUGUGGCGUUCAACCAGUCUGUGACGUUCACAUCUAUCUUCAACGCCAGCUGCCGCUUUGACGAGGAGUUCAAGUACAUCCUGCUACCCGUCUCCUACACGCUGGUCUUCGUGGCGGGCUUGGUGCUCAACGCCACCGCACUGUGGACCUUUGUCAAGAUGCGUCCGUGGAACCCCAACGCCAUCUUCAUGUUCCACCUGGCGCUCUCCGACUUCCUGUAUGUGCUGUCGCUGCCCACGCUCAUUUACUACUACGCCAACCGCAGCCACUGGCCCUUUGGCGUGGCGGCGUGCAAAAUAGUGCGCUUCCUCUUCUACGCCAACCUCUACUGCAGCAUCCUGUUGCUCACCUGCAUCAGCUUGCACCGCUACAUGGGUAUCUGCCACCCCAUCAAGGCACUCAGCCUGAUCACCGUCAUGGUGCUUCUGUUUGGCGUGCCCUUCUUGGUCAUCGUGGCGUGCUACUGUAAGAUGGCGCACACCCUGUGCCGGCCCAGACGGGGCUUGUCGGCCAACCCGGCGUCGCGGCAGAAGUCCGUCAAGCUCAUCGUGGUGGUGCUGAUCGUCUUCGCCAUCAGCUUCGUGCCCUUCCACGUCACACGCACUAUCUAUUACGCUGCCCGCGUGCUGGAGCUGGAUUGCCACACCCUCAACAUCGUAAACUUCACCUACAAAAUCACCAGGCCGCUCGCCAGCGUCAACAGCUGCAUCGACCCCAUUUUGUACUUUCUGGCCGGUGACCACUACCGUGCCAAGCUGCUCUCUGUGCUGACAGGGAGAAGGCAGGCCAACAGGAGCCAAACAUUCACUCAGGCUCCGGCCAAUAAGAACACAAGCAUCGCUCUGGUCUACAAGAGCUUGGACCUAAAAGUCAACAGCGAAGCGCAGAAGUUGUAGAAAUCGUUUUUUUUGGUUUGCACUGACAGCGGAGUAAAUUCUGCGACUGGCUGGUGGCAAUCCCAGAGUGUACCCUGUGUAUCCCUUGACAUUAACUUGAAUAGACUGCAAGGACGAACUGGAAAAAACAGACUUCAGACACGAGGAUUGGAUUCAAAUCCUGGCUGAACGCUAACAUCCAUAUGGGACACUUGGCAAGAACCUUGACACCAUAUGCGGAUUCCUGGCCACUGCCGGUCCCAAGCCUCGAUAAAAAUGGUUGGGUUGCAUCAGGAAGGGCACCUGGUGUCAAAAGUGGGCCAAACCAUAUGCGAGUGACUUACUCUGUUAACCUCUGUCAGGUUGCUUCUUCUUUGAAUAAAAUUGGUAUUAUAUUUUUAACCAAAGUUAUGCUCAUAACUUGGUAACCUCUUUCUUGGUAACUUUAACUCAUCAGUGCAGGUAGUUGUACCCCUUGUUGAAUCAAAAUGUUGACCGACUGUACUGAGUCAAUGUGCUGGGUAUGAAAUUCCAUUGGCUUGAUUCCUUUUGGAUCCAGGACUGGGUUGGAUAUUUCAUCCAAUCUGGGUUGUUUUAACCCAGGAGUUUUAAGCGUGCACCAUUUCAAUUUUUCCUGAUUUUUGGAGCUGUGCUAAAUUGGGCCACGUGACACAACUGAGUCCAAGCAUGAGUGAACCCUCCGAUACCAAAACUUGAGCGCCCUCGUACGCAUCAGUGGUUGUCCAGCACAAUUGCGGUUUGCUCGCUACCUUUGACUUGCUACCUGCAAGUCAAAGGUACGUCUUCCCUUCAGAUCGUCUGCUGGCGUCGGUGCGUUAGAGCAUCUCAUUGUUGGCUGAGUUUGUGCACGUCAAAGAGACAAAAGCAGAACAGCGAGGAUGGUGGGGAGGGGAAUAGUCCAUUUAUGACAGUAUGGACCAGGGCUUUGCACUUGCGUGGUUGCUCUGCAGUGACUCAUUAUCACGCUGAAGCAUUGAUUUAUCUUCCAGCCACUGAGGCUUUAAAGGGUCUUAUUUUCGCGGUUCAAAUGGAGUUAUAUGAAGGCUUAAGAAUUUUCCACUUCGCAUCAGUGGCAUUUUACUGACAGUUGAUAGUUAAGCAUGAUGUGGUUUCAUGCAUUCAUUGCAAAGCAUUUGAGAGCAGAGACAAUGACUUUGAUUUUUCACAAUUUUGAAGCUUAAUUAAAAAAAAAAAUGACAGUGUUUUAAAUCAUUCAAGUUUGGUGGAGUUGCUAACAAUACUCUUCUCUGCUUUGUGUUAAAUUGUCAAGACAUGUUCAUUUUCACUUUACAGUGACCUUAGCAAAACAUAACGAAGAAGUAAAAUUCCCAACCUCAUGUAGCUCAAAAUAGUAACUAACACACUAUCUUGAGCAGUGCAUGUCUACAACCGCAAUUUUAAGCAUGCUGUUCAUUGAAUUGCCCCCUGACUGUAUCAAAAUAUGGAUACCCUUGUAAUGACAUCCUUUUUGUUUGGGAAACAUAUUUUGAAGGUGUCCCUACUGUUGUGACCUGUGAACUGCAUAGAACGCCUGCCACGCAGGUGCCAGCUGUUUUUGUCUUUCACUUUGACAUCUGUUAAUUUCCUUUCUCAACGAGGGGCGCAAACAGGGAGUGGAACGUUAAGUAUCUGGAAAUGACUCCUCCAAACCUCCUACACACGAUUCCUCUAUUAGCUUUGGGACUUGGAAAGUGGUGUUGAAACUUUUGUCAGUAUUCAGCCAAUACGUACCUUCUCGUCUUGAUUUGAUCACAUUAAAUUACACAAAUACAGUAUGCAUCUUGUUGUGGUCUUGGCUGUGUUAUGAUGGGUGCAACAAAUGACCUAAAAUAACCCUAUGGUCCUAAUUACUGUAUUGAUGAGCUGUAUUGAGGGAUCUGAGCACCCCAUACCGGUAUGGUAAGUACCGGUAUGUCAAGAAAUCAGACAACAGAGAUGAGUGAAACAAAUCUACUCAUUAUUAACA